GGGUGGUGUUUGUUUUGGUAUUCCGGGAAAGGGAUGUCAGGAGGGCACAGAAGAAGAGAACAUACCAUUACUUUUUGGUAUGAAGUUGUCGAGAUUAUUUUGAAGAAGGCACUCUUCUUUGACGUGUGAUACCCCACUGCACAUCGUUUUACGGCAGGUAUCUCAAAACGAAGAAGACCAUGCAGUGAUGAGUGAAAACAAAUCGAAGCUCUUACGAAACAUGAUCAAAGAUAUUGCCAUAGUUCGCCAUCCUGUGUCUGUCUGUGUACCAGUAAACUAUGAAGUGGUUAUGAGUGUUCGUGCCGAAGGAACAGGUAUCCUCAGCUACCAGUGGUUUACAGAAAACGAACAAGAGGUGAUCGGUGGCACUCAAGCUGACCUGAAAGUGAAGGCUCAACAGAAUCAGCUCUACGUGUGUCGUGUGAACGACCAGUUCUGCAACUGUGUCUUUAGUGACUGGGUCCGUGUGAAAGUAUUGGAUAUUGUGAAGCCAGGCAUGCCCAGAGCAUGGCAGGGUGAGCCCCAUAUUGUACUAAGCCCCCAGUCCCAGAAGGUCAAGGUGGGCCACAGAGUCACCCUUCGCUGCGCCGCGUUCGGUUCCCCCGCGCCACACUACCAGUGGUACAGGAACGGACUGCCGCUGCAGGACAAGAACAGCGAGACCUUUGAGCUGGAGCAAACGACAGCCGAUGACGGCGGAACAUACCUCUGCUCGGUGUCCAACGUGCUGGAGGAGAGGUGGACGGAAGCAGUGGACAUUAGAAUAGUUACGACUGAUGAACUUCAUCCUCCAACACCCACAGCAACGGACAAAGUGGCCCUGCUCAUCGGUAACCUUAACUACGCCCACCACCCGGGCCUAUUGGCCCCCACCAUGGACGUGCAUGAGCUGGGGAACCUGCUGCAGCAGCUGGGCUUCAGGGUGGUAUCCCUCAUAGACCUGACCAAGGAAGACAUGAAGGCUGCUAUCGACAAGUUCCUGGACCUGCUGGACCGCGGAGUGUAUGGACUGUUCUACUAUGCUGGCCAUGGGUAUGAACACUCGGGGAGGAAUUACCUGGUGGCAGUGGAUGCCCCGCAACCUUACCGGCCUGACAACUGUGUGUGUGUUCAGAGGAUCAUGCUGAGAAUGCAGGAGAAACAAACCGCUCUGAGUGUAGUCCUACUUGACACAUGCAGAAAAUGGUACAACAAAACGUGCGCUGCAUCGGAAAUCAUGGCCUUGGGCCCUAGCGGGAACACCGUAUAUGGGUAUGCCACAUGUGAAGACGCUGAGGCUUUUGAGGUGCAGGACGGAGGGAAAAGCACUGGGAUAUUCACCAAGUACCUGAACAAGCACAUCCUGGAGAACAGGAAGGUCACCCAUGUGUUGGAGCAGGUGUCUGAAGAUUUAGGUCUGGACCCCCUGGUGACUGGGAAGCAGGCUGUGGAGAUCAAACACACCCUGAAGGAACCCCGCUCCCUCACAGACCGCAUCAGGACCACAGGCCACACCCGGGAGCUCCACCUACGGGACACCUGUUGGAGACAAGCCAAUGCACUACCAGGUAAGACGCGGCUGUCCUUUCCGUGCGGCGUGAAGGUGGAGGUCAGCUUCUCUGCGCUGUUCUCCAAUGUCUUGGUUGUCUUUGGAACGGUGAAGAACACUGGCCCGAAAACCCAGGACUGCUCUGUAACCCUCUCCAGCAAACCUUCAUUGGAGGACAUAUUCUCCGGCCCAGGUAGUUCAGAGGUCGACAGUCUGAUACACAUCAGCUCUGGUACUGGUAGCCCGGACUGCGUCCUUAGGCUUUGCUCUCUUCAAAAGCUCCAGGGCUCGUUGGUUAUUAACGUAGACCUACACUAUACACACGUGGACAGCAAGUUGCGCCUCAAAGAGAGCCAACAGAAGGACAUAGGGCGCCCCCUAGUGGCGUCAUGGGGACUAUACAAGAAGCAGCAUACGGGCGCCGCCAAGAUGCUUGACGCAGCACCCACAAGAAGUUUGGACAACGUUUCAAGCAGCAAGUCCCCAGUCCAACAGACUUUGGAUUACCAAUGUCGGCCUUUCACCAGGAAAGCGGAGGUUAUAGCCGCAAGGAGCAAAGAGCCAGAAGAGAAUGAUGAAAAUGAACAUUGGAAAUAGCCUUGUUGAAUGGGUUUUGGUGCUAAAAGCCUGCCGCUAACGAUGAAUAAGGGCUAAAGGCCUUUAUCACAGAGGUGUUGAAGGAGUGAAAACAAGUGUAGUUCAUUGAGUUAAUGAUGUGUCCGGAGACAUGCCAGUGCCUAUGAUAAACGUUCACUCCUACUGUAACGGCUCUGUGAUAAAGGUCUAUUAUAGCAACAUGUUGGUCAAGCUGCGAGAAAUGAAAUAUUACCCUCUGUAGGAUAGUGUCGCUCUUUUACAACUAGUAUCGCAGCAUCGCAGGUCCAAUACAAUGGUUGAAAGCGGUCUAAGCUGUCUCUAACAAUGUGUUGUUAAUAGUGGGGAGGCACACCAUUUGGGGAGUCAGAUAAGAGGUCAGCCCUUGCUCCUAAGAUGCAUGUUUUCAUUGUAGGUUUACCUUGAGAAUCUUAUGGAUUUUAAAUAACAUUAAUUUAUGUUGUAUUGUUCUAUGUUAUGGAAGUAAGUAAUUUAUAAUGCAUGUGCUCUUUAUCAGUUGAUCUGAGUUGAAUGAUACGAAUGUCGUUUCCAUUUUAGCUUGGAAGGAGUUUGAUUUGCUUUUUCCUUUCUUCUCGUUAUAAUUUAUCUGGAAUUUAACAAUAACCUAGAAACGUCUGUCUCGUGCAAUUUCUACCUUUCGUUCUCUAUUGCCGUCAAUUUUAUAGUUUGUGCAGCUAGAGGCAAUCUCAGUUUCAUUCCUUAGUAUAUAGGGGAAUAUAUGUGGAAAAUAAUCAUAUUUAUAAACGUGUAAAGAAAGAUAUGUGAACGAGGGGAAAGCUGUCUGUUUGUGUGACAUUAGCUGGGGAUGUGCAUGGACUUUGACAAGUGUAUUAUAUUAUGUAUUAUAUAUGCCGUUUCUGAGCAAAUAAAUACAUUAGACACUAAA